GCGGAUUCGUGCUAUAGACCGUUUUGCCGACUGGGAGAAUCAUUGGAGACUUGUGUAUUUUCGCAAUAAUAGACAAGACUUCAGCAUAGAGAGCUCUCUUGCGCAUCCUUUCAGCACGAGCUUAAGCUUUUCUUUUUAUAUGCAGACAGAAAAUCACUGCUUACACAUUUAGAAAAGAUUCUAAAGGAUUUUACUAAUUGCCUAAGGAUCUAUAACUGUUAUUGUUGUGAAUACUUUUGAGCAUUAGAUCCUGCGGUGAUCUAAUAGAAAAGAAAAAAACAUUGAAUUGCAAUCUUUGAUCAUUACUUUUAAGUGCGCGCACACGGAGAAAACGAGCGAAGCGCAUAACUGAGGAUCGGAAAGCAGUUUUGGAGGACCUGCCUUGUUUUUAUACAAUGUUGAAAUCUUAAGGCAUGAUGUACAAGACAAGUCACUGAGAUGCCCAUAAACCUGCUUGCGCUGUAACUGCCACCUGGAAGCUCCAACUGAUCCUGUUCAAUACCAUCAUUUGGACUGCUUUUGCAACAGAAAUGAUCAUGCGAUGAGUAAGCUCGAUUUGGGCAUAUUGUCAGAAGCAAUUACAGGGGGUGAAUGAUGGCUGAAGAUGGAGGAAAUAUAUCCGAGGAUCAUCAGUUGAGGGAAGCAGAGGGUAGCUCCUCUCUUCCAAGGACUUUUAUACGACUUAACGACCUGUCCGGUGGCGGGGAGCGCAGUGAGCUUGAGUCUGAUGGAGGCGAAAGACGGGAGAGCGCAGCCGGAGCAGCAGCAGCGGCGGAGGAGGCGUCCGCAUGCAGCGGGGAACCCUUGCCCUAUCCGACUUUGGCACCGGUUGUGUUUUUCUAUCUGAAGCAGACCACGCGCCCAAGGAGUUGGUGUCUGAAAAUGGUUUGCAAUCCAUGGUUCGAGAGGGCCAGCAUGUUGGUAAUCCUGCUGAACUGCGUUACUCUGGGGAUGUUUCAGCCUUGUGAGGACAGCCACUGUGACACUGAGCGAUGCAAGAUACUGGAGGACUUUGAUGAUUUCAUCUUUGCUUUUUUUGCUGUGGAGAUGGUAAUCAAGAUGGUUGCGCUGGGCAUCUUUGGGAAAAAGUGUUACCUUGGAGACACCUGGAAUCGGCUAGAUUUCUUCAUUGUGUUGGCUGGGAUGCUGGAAUACUCUCUCAACCUGCAGAAUGUUAGUUUCUCUGCGGUCAGAACAGUCAGAGUACUUCGACCUCUCCGGGCUAUCAACAGAGUACCCAGCAUGAGGAUCCUUGUGACGCUUCUGCUGGACACUCUCCCCAUGCUGGGCAAUGUGCUGCUGCUUUGCUUCUUUGUUUUCUUCAUCUUUGGAAUUGUAGGGGUCCAGCUGUGGGCCGGGCUUCUCCGCAACCGCUGCUUCCUCCCGGAAAACUUCUCCCUGCCUACCAGUCUAGACCUGCACAACUACUACCACACAGAAAACGAUGAUGAAAACCCAUUUAUCUGUUCUCAACCACGGGAGAAUGGCAUGCGUCUGUGCACCUCCAUCCCCACGCUCCACGAAGAGGGCCGGCAGUGCCAGCUGGACAUGGCAGCUUACAAUAGCACAGACAACACCACCUGCGUCAACUGGAACAAGUAUUACACCAACUGCUCUGCCGGAGAGGCCAAUCCCUUCAAGGGGGCCAUAAACUUUGACAACAUUGGUUAUGCCUGGAUUGCCAUCUUUCAGGUUAUUACUCUUGAGGGCUGGGUGGACAUCAUGUACUUUGUUAUGGAUGCUCACUCUUUCUACAAUUUCAUCUACUUCAUCCUCCUGAUAAUAGUGGGCUCAUUCUUCAUGAUCAACCUUUGUCUAGUUGUCAUAGCGACACAGUUCUCUGAGACCAAGCAACGGGAGAGUCAGCUUAUGAAGGAGCAGAGAGUGCGCUUCAGGUCCAACGCCAGCACCCUGAAUAGCUUCUCUGAGCCAGGAAGCUGCUACGACGAGCUCCUCAAGUACCUAGUUCACAUCAUCCGCAAAGGCACCAGGCAAAUCUUCCACCUCAUCCGGGCUGCCGGGCGCCGUGCAGGCCUGCGGAUCUGUGCUUCUCCGCCGCUAGAACCACCGCCCACGAAAAGACGGCACCAGAAGCAGCGUCAGGGAUCUGUCCGUCCCGUCAUGCACCAUCAUCAUCACCUCCACCAUCACUACCAUCUGGGCAAUGGGACUGUCCGAACCGACAGGGGCAUAGAGGGGGACAUCCAGAGUUCCCAAAGUGUCAAUGCCAGCAACUCUGGGCGUCUCAUGCUACCUGUCAUUGUACCUAAGCAGGAGCCCUUUUGUGGGUCUCUGGGCCCCAGUGGUGCAGAAUCAGUGCAUAGUGUUUAUCAGACUGCAGGCCACCUUGAGCCGCUGCGCUGCAGCCCCUCGCCUUCUCCCUUGGUGUUUCAGGCAUACAAAAGGAACUCACUGCCAUUUGCGGCUCCAGUACAUAAGAACUACCCCACGUUACAGUCAUCUCUGGCCUUAGAGCAGCUCAGACAGAGAAUCCUGGAGCCAGGAGGUGUCCUUACCAACCUAAACAUCCCCCCAACUUCCAUCAACACCUCACAGUGCCUGGUGGAGACACAAGGUCCUCCUGGCAAGAUCAUCUUUAAGGAUGCGCACAUGAAUUUCAGUGCCACAAACUUAGACACAACUUUGACCUUUGACCCUGAGACAUGUCCGUAUUGUGCAAAAGCGAUGGCCAAUGACUCCGAGGGAGUGGAUGGGAAUGAGACGGCAGACUCUGACAGUGAGGGCGUGUACGAGUUCACACAGGAUGCCACUUAUCGGGACAGCAGAGAUCCCAACAGGAAGAAGAAGUUUUUUGCAUUAGGAGCUCGGGCAGCAAAGGUGGUCCUUUUCUGGAGGCUGGUGUGCGACACGUUCCGUAAGAUUGUGGAUAGCAAGUACUUCGGACGAGGAAUAAUGAUCGCCAUUCUCAUUAACACACUCAGCAUGGGCAUCGAGUACCAUGAGCAGCCUGAUGAGUUGACAAAUGCUCUGGAAAUCAGUAAUAUCGUCUUCACCAGUUUGUUCGCACUGGAGAUGCUCCUGAAACUGCUGGUUUAUGGUCCUUUUGGCUACAUCAAGAACCCUUACAACAUCUUUGAUGGUAUUAUUGUGGUAAUCAGUGUCUGGGAGAUUGUUGGCCAGCAGGGAGGAGGUUUAUCGGUGCUGAGGACCUUCAGACUCAUGCGUGUGUUGAAGCUGGUCCGCUUUAUGCCCGCCCUGCAGAGGCAGCUGGUGGUCCUGAUGAAGACCAUGGACAAUGUUGCCACCUUCUGCAUGCUGCUUAUGCUUUUCAUAUUCAUUUUCAGUAUUCUAGGCAUGCACCUGUUUGGAUGUAAAUUUGGUUCUGAGAGAGAUGGAGACACACUUCCUGACCGCAAGAACUUUGACUCUUUGCUGUGGGCCAUUGUAACAGUUUUUCAGAUCCUGACUCAGGAGGACUGGAAUAAGGUACUGUAUAAUGGGAUGGCUUCCACCUCUCCUGUGGCUGCUCUGUACUUCAUCGCCCUCAUGACUUUUGGAAACUAUGUCCUGUUCAACCUGUUGGUGGCUAUCUUGGUGGAAGGAUUCCAAACUGAGGAAAUAACCAAGAGGGAAGAUUUGCAUGGCCAGCUGAGCUGUAUUCAGCUGCCUAUAGACUCAGGGGGUGAUGUCUCGAAGUCGGAUUCUGAAGCAGACUUCUAUGCACGGAGCUUGGAGGAUGUUUCAGGACAUAAGAAGGAUCUGUCUGGAUCUUCUGUUGUGCCCAUCAAUGGCCAUGUGGAUUUGAAGAGCAGCCUGACCCCUCCCCUCAUCACUCACACGGCCGCAACACCCAUGCCCAUCCCUAAGAUAGCAGGAGGAGGAGACCCGGCACUAGGCGACGAGUCCCGCAGAGGGAGCAGUGUCUCAAUGGAUCCCAAUGGCCAAGACAAAUCUCCAUCGAGUGCACGGAGCUCCCCAAAUGCCCCCUGGAAUUCUGCCAGUAGCUGGAACAGCAGGCGCUCCAGCUGGAAUAGCCUGGGCCAAGUCCCCAGCCUCAAGAGGCAGAAACGGCAGUCUGGCGAAUGGCGCUCCUUGCUGUCCGGCGAUGGCCACUCCAGCUCAGAUGAGGGAGAUGCAGGAGAGAGCGCAGGCGGUGGGGGCAUGUCCGAGGGUGAUGAUGCCUCCCUCGCCAGGACGGACUCCCUGGGCCAGAGGCCUCGGCACAGGCGCAUGGAAUCCCUGGAGACACGCAGCUCGUUUGAUCUGCCUCCAGACACCCUGCAGGUGCCAUACAUGCAUCGUUCCGCCAGCAUACACAGCGCCCGGCCACCCAACUUCCUCAGCAACGGCAAGAGUUCUCCAUCUGCAGCCACCACACAGCUUUCUCUAGAUGAACACCACAGCGAGGAUGACAAUGCAGAUGAUGAAGGCAACCUGAGUCGGAUGGCUCGUCUCUACCGCUGGCUGGAGCACAAGCAGCCCCAGUGGUGUCGGGAGAGGGUCACCUGGUCUCUUUACCUGUUCCCCCCUCAAUCACGGUUUCGUGUGACCUGCAAUAAAAUCAUCAAUCACAAGAUGUUUGACCAUGUGGUUCUUGUCAUCAUCUUUCUCAACUGCAUCACUAUCGCCAUGGAGAGGCCCAGAAUCGACCCCUCCAGCGCUGAACGCAUCUUCCUGACGUUGUCCAACUACAUAUUUACUGCCAUCUUUGUGACUGAAAUGACAAUAAAGGUGGUUGCUUUGGGCUGGUGUUUCGGGGAGAAGACCUACCUGAAGAGCAGCUGGAAUAUUCUCGAUGGGAUGCUGGUGAUGAUCUCCGCGAUUGACAUCCUGGUAUCCAUGAUCUCCAACAGCGGUACUAAGAUCCUGGGAAUGCUUCGGGUGCUGCGGUUGCUGAGGACCCUGCGUCCGCUCAGAGUGAUCAGCAGAGCUCCGGGACUGAAGCUGGUUGUUGAGACACUGAUGUCAUCACUCAAGCCUAUUGGGAACAUUGUAGUUAUCUGUUGUGCCUUUUUCAUUAUUUUUGGCAUCUUGGGAGUUCAGCUCUUCAAAGGAAAGUUCUUUGUGUGUCAGGGGGAGGAUACAAGGAACAUCACCAACAAGUCUGAUUGCCUCCAGGCUAGCUACAAAUGGGUCAGGCACAAGUACAACUUUGAUAACCUGGGGCAGGCCCUCAUGUCCCUUUUUGUUCUGGCUUCCAAAGAUGGUUGGGUGGACAUAAUGUACGACGGACUGGAUGCUGUCGGUGUCGAUCAGCAGCCUGUCAUGAAUUACAACCCAUGGAUGCUGCUCUAUUUCAUCUCCUUCUUGCUGAUCGUGGCUUUCUUUGUGCUCAACAUGUUUGUUGGUGUGGUGGUCGAGAACUUUCACAAGUGUCGGCGGCACCAGGAGGCCGAAGAAGCCAAACGGCGUGAAGAGAAGCGCCUUAAACGCAUGGAGAAAAAAAGAAGGAAUGUAAUGCUGACCGGUGUCAGUUGGUCCAGUCCCGAUCACACACAAGAAGCCCAGAGUAAACCCUAUUACUCCGAUUACUCACCUACACGGCUUCUCAUCCACAAGAUGUGCACCAGCCACUAUCUGGACCUGUUCAUCACGAUUGUCAUCGGGCUCAAUGUCAUCACCAUGUCCAUGGAGCACUACCAACAAUCUAAGGUUCUGGAUGAGGCUCUGAAGAUCUGUAACUACAUUUUCACAAUCAUAUUUGUCCUAGAGUCCGUCUUCAAGCUUGUUGCCUUUGGAUUUCGACGCUUCUUCAAGGACAGGUGGAACCAGUUGGAUCUUGCCAUUGUUCUGUUGUCUAUUAUGGGCAUAACACUGGAAGAAAUUGAGGUCAAUGCUUCCCUUCCCAUCAACCCCACCAUCAUUCGCAUCAUGAGGGUGCUACGGAUCGCUCGUGUGUUGAAGCUACUCAAGAUGGCAGUGGGAAUGCGAGCUCUGCUAGACACUGUGAUUCAGGCACUGCCUCAGGUGGGGAAUCUGGGUCUUCUCUUCAUGUUGCUCUUCUUCAUCUUCGCUGCUCUGGGAGUAGAGCUGUUUGGUGACUUGAUAUGUGAUGAGCUGCACCCCUGUGAAGGUCUUGGCCGUUAUGCCACGUUCAAGAAUUUUGGCAUGGCUUUCCUUCUGCUGUUCCGUGUAUCCACCGGGGACAACUGGAAUGGCAUUAUGAAGGACACGCUCCGAGACUGCUCUCAAGAUACAGGCAUCUGCUACAACACGAUGGUGUCCCCCAUUUACUUUGUGUCCUUUGUUCUGACGGCUCAGUUUGUGCUGGUCAAUGUGGUGAUCGCUGUGCUCAUGAAACACCUGGAGGAAAGCAACAAAGAGGCCAAGGAGGAGGCUGAGUUGGAAGCCGAGAUGGAGCUUGAACUGGAGGCUGUGGGUGGAGAUGGAAGAAUAUCCCGAGGGCACAUGCCACCAUUGGGACAUGGUGAUGUUGGUGGACCAGGAGGGUCGCCUUGGAUCUCAAGAGACUCUCGAGAUAUGUCGGGACCUCUUUACCCCACAGACAGCCCACCUGCAGACAUACGCAGGGACACUGAAGAACACAUAAAGACAGAUCCCGAUCCUCCUCAAAAUUUGGAGCCGCCAUUAGAGCAGAGGCCUAUGUUUGACUCAGUUUCCCUGGUGAUCCAGGGCUCAUUGGAAGGAGAGCUCAGCCUCAUGGACAACCUAUCUGGCUCCAUCUGCCACUACUACGCUCUGCCCCCCCUUCACAGCAAGCACUGCACUGAGAAACAGAUUCCUCUAGCUGAGAUGGAGGCUCUGUCUCUGGCGUCGGAGAAAUCCUGGUCCUUAGCUCUGACGGAUGACUCUGUCCCAGAUGAUUUUAACCCCCUCUUACUAACCAGUCAGGAGUGCAAUACCACAGCUCCAGCAGAUCCUACAGACCCCCAGCAGCCAGAAGAGCCAACGGUUGAACACUUACUGUACGUGAAGAAGACCUCAGUGGGCCGCACACAUUCUCUGCCCAAUGACAGCUACAUGUUCCUGCCGCUGCAGCCCAGCUCAAAACACAGUACCCACACAACCUCACCACACCUCGCUCAAACAGGCUCUACAGGCUCUAUUCAGUCUCAAACAGAAGAACCCACACGGCACUUGACUGUGCCCACCGAUCUGUUCAGACCGAUCAGUCCUCAUAGCCUAUCAGACUCAGAGAGCAUCCCACGAAUCCCCCCACCUCGCCAGGCACACACUCUCUCACGAACCCUACGCAGACAGGUGGCAGUGAGUGCUGACUCUCAGGAGACUCUAUACACAGAGGGAGGGGAAAUCGAGGGUCCCCUGGGGCUCAGGGAACUGUCGGACCCCCCUGUCAACCUUCCACCUCAGCAGCAGCACCGGCCUUCCCUCUUUCUGGUCCCUGCCACACCAGGCGCCUCCCCAAAACCAUCGCGACCUAGCGUUCACACGCAGCACAACCCCUACGACCAGUACAACAUGUUCUCCAGGGGUUCCUGCUCUCCGCCCCUCCCAUCUCCGGCCGCCAGGAAGCAGGAGGAAACGGACUUGGUGGAUCAGGAGGUAUCCCGAAUUAUCCAGGCAGGGCUUGCAGAGAGGAGCGACGACGAGAUCGGAGAAGGGACAGGAGAUCAAGGUGCAAGACGUCAGCUUAAGAAGUACCACAGCGUGGACACUCAGGGCCAGCGAGCUCUGCUGUUACCACGGCCCUUGUCCUGGCUUGACGACCCACGUCGGCACUCUAUUGAGGUGUACUCGUCCGUGGAAAGCAGUCCCCAGUGCAGUUCGAUCUCCUCUGGCUUCGUCUCACGAGCCGAUAGCCUCCAGCAGCAGUCCUCACCACGCACCCGCAAGAAGAAGAUGAGUCCGCCGUGCAUCUCUGUGGAUCCGCCCGAGGGUUCGGAGCUUCCGGGAGGCUUUCAUGCUGCUCUGGGGAUGGUGCCACCCCCGUUGCCAAUUCGGGACACUUGCCUGAGGAGGCGAGCUCCCUCCAGUGACUCCAAGGACUCAUUUGACUUGGGUGGAGGAGGAGAUGGGCUGCCUCAAGAGUGCGUCCCGAACUCCAAGCUAUUGACUCUGCCUAGCUUCUCUUUUGAGAAAACAAGCUCUGAGCACUGAACACUUGACUUACAUGUUCUCACUCUCACACUCACACACACACACACACACACACACACACACGCACGCACAUGACACGAUGCACUCUGUGUAUCUGUGAUGGUGAUAGUAAUAGUAAUAAUAUCUUAGAGAGUAAUAAUGCUAAAUGCAACAAUGGUGAAUACUCCAUGAUCAUGAGGAAUAGUAACUAUACCUUUUUUUUUUUCUUUACUGCCAAAAGAACACAAAAAAGACAUUUUUCUGAGGAUUAAACAAGCUAAUAACGAGACUCUCUCCUCAAAGAUACCUCCUUGUGGAGGUGAGCGCAGAGCCCAGGGGAGGGUAUCCCCUACUGGCCGUUGUGAACACUUCGCAGCACUGUAUUGCUGAACUCCCUAAAGGGCACUGAUGGAGGUAUAAAGCAAUAUGAACGUUUUAGAGACACUAUUUUCUUAAAUUAUUGGGCCAUAGUGUUUGUAAAGGAUGUAGAAUUUCUUUUAUCGAUUUUGUUAUAGUUUUAUUUGUCUUUUUGUGAUUUUCUCUUUUUCUCAAUGUUUAAAUCGUUUGUUGUUUGCUUUAUUUUUUCACCAUAGAAUAUUUUUAGCCUUCUUGUUUUAACAAAGACAAAAAGAAAGAAAACAUUUUUCAAAGUGCUGGGAUCCAUGUAUUUGUAGAGAUAAUAUUAUUAUAGAUGAUAUUAUUAUUAUUAUUAUUAUUAAUGAUGAUAUAAUAUAUCUCUUUAAAAUAAAGCAUUAAACAGCUCUUUGAUUUUUAAGGACAAGUAUUAGACUGGUGUGCCCUGACUAAAGAGUCUAUUGAACACAUCUGCAGAAUGGAUUGCGCGCUGCUCUAAUGGAAGGGAACAAAUACUUGAAUUAAUUGAAUUCAUGAAGCAGAAAAUCACUGCAAAACACACACAAGCCAAAAAAAAAAAAAACAGAGAAGCUUUUCUUUUACAUUUCACUGAACUCUGGUUUAAUUUAUGAUUGUUUUGGGCACAUUUUUGAACACCAGGCUAUUUUUAGUUAGAUAAAUGCUAUAUUAUCAGUACAGUUCAUACAAUAUUUGUGUGAAAUUUUAACAUUAAAAAAUCAGAGAAAAGCAAACCUUUUGAACAUUUUGUCAUUAAAGAAGUCUCAAGAACAUUGUGUUAUUGAAUCAAAAUAUUGAGAGUACAUUUUGUCCAUUUUGCUGGGCAGAUUUGUCUGCACAGUAGGAACAACAAAAAGAAGCACAUGACCAAAUUUCUGCAUUGAGGUCGAGAGUGGACAGGGAGUAAACUAUGAGAAAAUGGAGUGUUUUGUUAAAUCAAAGUUUUGUAAAUGUAUUUAAUAUACAAGAAACACAGCUUUGAUCUUUCUGCUCUUAAUGACAUGGAAAACAGGACUUAAAUUAAGAACUACAAUGCAAAGAUUAUUGUCAUCAAAUUUAUUAUUAAUUAUUUUUAAAGAUAAUUUAAAAAUGGCUUUGAAAUACUUGCAGCCAUCUAGUAGUCUUCUUUGUUAAGAACCACUACCUAAGUGAAUAUAAUAAGAGGUUAUUUACAUAUCCUGCCUCCCUACCCUUAUAUUUUACAUUAGACACAUGCUAGUAAAGGUACAUAUAGUUCUUACACUGAAGCCUCACUCAGAAUCAAAAUGUGUGUUGAUUGAAGCUUUUGUCAAGUGCUCACUGGAGCGAUUCCCUUUGGUUUUCAUGAGAGCUAAUCGGCACAUCUGCAGAGCUCCUUUCAAACUCAGGAAAGCUUUUGUUUCACAAAGUCCAACUCUGUAAUAUACCCUUAUUUUGCAUCAAAGCCCUGGAUGCAGUCCAAAUCUUUGGCUGCAGUUUGUAUAUGGCUUCAGUGUGUGUUUGAACCUUGUUUUUGUCAUUGGACCAAUUUCUGAAUGAUUUACUCGCUUCACUUCAGCAAUCUACAUAAGCUUUCUCCAGUCCCACUAGAAUUAUGCAUGUGCAGAA